CCUUCGCCUGAGGUGAUCGCUGGACUCUCCGAGCCUCGGCUAGUGCUGAUUGACUUUGGUCUGGCGUCUGCACUUUCGCACACUGCUGCUCAACGCCUUGUCGAAGAAAAGGCCGUUGAUCUCUAUGUCCUUGAGCGUGCUAUCACAAGCCUCCUACCUCGCUUCCCUGGACCAGCCUCAUCGGCCGGCACAACUGUAACGGCGCCGGGACUCCGGUACCUCGGAACCAGCAAUUGCGAGGGUAGUGUGUGUUGCGAAGAGGGGGAGGCUGCGCUAUUGCCUAUGAGUCCGGAAGUCUUUUUCCAGGCUUUGUUGACUGAAUAUACUCAGUUCUAUGUCGUAAUGAAGAACCAGGCCUCUGGCAAGGCACAAAUCAGCUCAGAAGCCGUCUCCACUCCGGGUAUGAAGAGAGGUGUCUCUGAAAUCAGUGGGGAUUUUCCUACUCAAGAGAAAAAACGGGUGUUUGAGAUUGAUACGGCACCCAAGGCGAGUGUGAAUGCGUGCAGAGAGGCUAGGGCUAUUGUGGCCAAGCUCGAUGAGGUGAGAGCCCGUGGGAGAAAGCGCCUCAUGGUCGGAUAG